AAUCAGGGCCUACAGGCAGUGCAGUUUGUUUGUCCAAACCAGCGACGACAGGGUGGACACCAACAACCGCGCCUACUUCUCCACUCUCAUCGCCAACCGCUGGCUGUCGAUGAUCCUGGAGACAGUGGGCAACCUGCUGACCUUGUCGGUUUCCAUCGCAUUUGUCGUGAUGCGAGAUGUUCUUGCAGCCGGUUUCGCGGGUCUGGUGAUUAGCUUCGCCCUCAAUAUCACUCAGGGUCUCAGCUGGUUUGUUCGCGUGUCCACCGAGUUCGAGACAAACAUCGUCUCUGUUGAGAGGAUCAAAGAAUAUUCUGAGUUGCCGACUGAGGCCCCCUGGGAGGUUGACGAGAAGAAGCCUCCGCCGCAGUGGCCCGAGGGCUCCCUGGAAUUCGUCAACUACAGCACGCGUUAUCGCGAGGACCUCGACUUGGUGCUGAAGUCGAUCUCCUUCAAGAUUAAC